AUGGGAAAGGCCAAAUUGUUCGGCGAAAAAUAUUUUGGCGAUCCUUUCGUAAUGUAUUUCAUUAACUUAGAUACUACUAAGUCGCUGGAAGGAACAGUGAAGCAGUUUACUACUGAUAGUGGUCAAUGGAAUGUUGCGAAAAAUGGUCUAAACGUUGUUGAUUCGCAACAUCAACUUUCUGACAGAUUCAACGUAGCGAGCAUAAUUAAUUUGCUUAGUGAUAUCAUGCAAAUUUUGAACAGAAAUCGAUCAAAUUUGGCAUCACCCAAUCAAUACAAGCGACAGUCUCCCCUGAAGAUGAAUUGGAAUCUAAAACGAUAUGUUGAACUUGUAAAUGCAACGAAUGAUCAUAAUCAGAAGCGCCAACCUUUAACUCAUUUGGACACCGGCGGAAGUAAUUUUGAUCGCUUUAUAGUAUCAGAGAGGAAAAACGACAACCCAGUUUUGGAUUGGAUUGUUGGCAAAUUUAUUAGACGAGGUCUGGAUUGGUCAAAUGGGAAUCUGAGAUUGGUCAAUAUACAAGGUAACAGUAUAUUGGGAUCCGAUCUAAUCAUACAUGAUCGUAGUGUUGAAAUACCUCUCAAACAGUGGCUUUAUACUUUGAAUUCCAUUUUAAAGCGAAGUCCUAAUUAUAUGUAG